AGAGAGUGGCUUACCGCGCAAGUAAAGCGGCAAGCUUGCUGUUUAUAGGAAGUUCUCAACUGACUCGACUUUCUCCGACUCCAUGGGCAUAACGCCGUCGUACCGUGCAUACACACACACGCAACGUACACUGUUACGUGCGGACGGCCGGACGAAACCGAUCGACUGCUCAUCAAACAAGCCUGCCUCCUCACACCUGGACCUUCACUACUCCAUACAGUAUAGUUCAGCAUGUGGCCAGCGCAUUUUCGUGAAUCAGACAGAAUAAAUUCUCCGACCUGUCAAAGUUCCGCCUCGGGCUCACCCUUGUAUGAAUUGGCCAUCACAACCUUCCCGCCUGCUUUGUUUUUUGUCUCGCAGUCUCAAGAUUUGUCAAAUCAUAAAUGUGUGUUUUUGGCUGAUCAAAGCGAGUCGAAUAAACUCCACUUUUUUUGGGGCCAAAUCGCAUGGAUGUUCCGGGCCUCGCGACUUUUGAAAGGCCGAAAAGACUCUUUUCUUCCAGCAGGGCAGGUCUCUGCUCUCGGACUCUCCUCGCUGGGUGGCAAACUGGCAAUGCCAUGCAGCCGUUGUGGAGGCUCCGCUCCUGGACCAUCUCUGUUUCUCCUCUCACUAGGAGGUAGGAGGUAGAGUCAUGUCGUCUACCAUUCUCUCAUCACUCCUUCACUCACUCACUCACUCCACUGUCCAAACUCAAUGCCCUCGCAAUGCAUUUAUUCCCUGGAGGAUCUUCAUCACCAGUCCGGCAUGUCUCUCCGUUUCCAGUUGACUCACGAGAGUACCGACAUACCACGUCGGCCCCGAGAAGCUUAAC